UCAGUAUUCUGUAGAGGUGCAAUAGAAUUGGGCCAGUGGAUUGGUAGAGAACAGGAGCGCCACCUAUCAGCCGAAAUAUUUGCUAAAUUUUCGAUAAGUAGGUAGAAACGAGCACGGUAAUAUUGGAUAUUCAUGGAUUUAUAUUGACCUUUGUGAGGUUUGAUCGAUUGUUUUCAGUUUAUCUCGAUCAUUUAAAAGCCGCCUCAUUAUAAAAAGAUAAAGUUUAACCGAAGCUUCAUAUAGAACAAAUAUAAAAGCUUUUGGUGGGGGAAGUGUAAAAGAGGAGAUGGAGUGAGAGCGAGAGAGAGAAGAAUAGAGAGAUAGAUAGAUAUUGAAAAGAGGUAUAUCGUGGUGGGAGAAUGCGAGACAGCGCUUUUGAAUUCUAGUUCUCUUCCGUGGUAAAUUAACGCUUGCAUCAGUAGUAGUCAUCAUCGAGGUCGAGACUUCGGUUGUUGGUUCACGUAAGAGGACGAGAACGGAGCCCGAGGAGCUGCUGCCUGUAUAUACAAGGGCCCGGGACGAAAGCAGCGAAAGAGGCGCGGCCGUGAGCAUCGAGAGCGCGAGGACGUAUAAACCUUGGAGGGGUCUUCGUCGACGAUACUGCCAGUGACGGGUACGGAAACGGCUGACCAGUCAACACCAAACACUAAUUAGAAAGAGUAAGCAGUUCACACGGAAGAGCUAGCGGUCGAACUGAUCUGCUUUGUACACGAGGAAGCGAGCGACCACCACCGCGAUUACGAGGACAGAGAGUGCCACGAAUUUAGUGACGUGACGACGGUGUCAGAGCCUCAACAUUUAAAGAAGAAGAAUCGGCGGCGCGAUUAUUGAGGCGUCAUCUGCGCCAAAUAAUUAUGUGGGAUACUGUCGCGGAAUCGCGAUCGGCUACACGUCAAGUCAGCUGACAUAUUGCGCUCUGCUACACCACAGCAGCAACAACCUUCGGUGAAUACGUGGUGACAACCAAAUACGAAGGAGCAAUCGAUAGUGCAAAGGCUGCAGGACCAGCAGACUUGCUACUAUUGUUUGUGGAACAGUCGACCACUGUUAGGGUGUUCAAGUAAUUGUUUAUUAAAAUCUACCUCUACCACUUAACUUGGAAAUUGUAUUCUUGGAAAGUGUAAACAAAGAAAAUACAACAUGGAGCGCGAGUCAAAUCCUAUGCAAGCGCUGUGUAGAAGCGGCUGUGGUUUUUAUGGCUCACCAGCCACUGAUGGCCUCUGUUCUCUUUGCUAUAAGGAGAACCUCAAAAAGAAACAACAACCGCCUGUAUCGGCGACAUCCGUACCAGCCUCACAGACCGCUUCUGGUAACGCUGGAACGUUGCAAAGCGGUUUUGGCAGCCCUGCCUCCACUGGUACAACUGCCCAGCCUACCAUUCCGACCAUACCCCAGCCAACGACAGAUCUAUCCAGUUCAAAAGAAGUAAGCAGGGAUGAACAAGAGAGUGAAGUAGGAAAUAGUAGUGCAGCUGCAGAAGGUUCGGUAAGCAGUGGAGAUGUAGAUGAUUGCUUUGAUGGAAAAGAGACUGAUAAGGACUUUAAAAAGAAGAAAAACCGUUGUGCUAUCUGUCGCAAGAAAGUAGGUUUAACUGGUUUUGAAUGUCGAUGUGGUGGACUAUUUUGCUCUGUGCACCGAUACAGUGACAAACACGAUUGCAAGUUUGAUUACAGAGAAAUGGGCGCUCAAGAAAUUCGGCGCAAUAAUCCAGUUGUUGUUGGUGAAAAAGUGCAAAAAAUUUGAACUAUUUAGUGUGUAGUCGUUGGGAAAAUGGUUAUAUAACUAUAUAAACAAAAUAUAAAAAACACGAAGAAAACGAGAUAAAUUAUCUGGCAGCUGAUUGCACAUCGAGGAACAAAGCAGAUGGACAUAUACAUGAAAGAAAGAAAGAGAAAAAGAAAGAGAAAAUGUGCUAAUGAGCGCGAGCGGAAUUAACAGAAUGAAAGAGAACAAAUUUGUCAAGCGAAAGAUGACAAUGGGAGAAACGGGGUUUCGGGCGUAGACUAAAUAAAUAUUAUACGGAGACCUGGUUAAAGCAGGAAAGAAAGAUACCGAUAGCGUGUAUGGGCGUACGAGUAUGAGUGAGUUUGAACAAAAACGAAAAAAUUAAUUUUGGUUGCCAGUGCCAUUGUCAGAUUUUCAACUAGUGAGAGAUUUAUACAAGAAAAUAUCUGGUUACUAACUGCUGUCAGCUUACUACUGCUACUACUACUACUACUACUACUACCACUACUACUACUACUACUACUACUACUACUAC